AUGGUCGUCAUCUUUGUUCCAGUCUCUUCAUCGUCCCAAAUACCUCAUUCACGAACAUGUCACCUAGCUCUCCAGAGUCUAUUGAAAACUCUCAAAGGCCACGUAAACGCUUACAGGGGGCCUGCGAUGUUUGCAGACGGUGAGUCGUCCAGAAGAAUCCAAGAAGAAGGUUUAGAGGCUCAUUCGGAUUGCAACAUACAGGAAGAAAAUCAAGUGCGACAGUUCAACCAAUCCGGAUCACCGCUGUACGCACUGUAUUUCCUUCAACCUGCAAUGCACGCACCAACUUCCUGUGAAGAAGAGAGGCCCGAGGAACUCGUUCGUUCUAUAUUAUCUCGAAUUUUAUCUUCUUCCAAUUCGAAUACCCGAAGAUACGUUGCCUUACUUGAAAGCCGCGUGAAAAAAUUAGAAAAUACGCUCAGCAAGACGGACAAUAGCCUGUCAAAUCUUGUUACCUCCAAGCCAUCGACUCCAAUCAAUCAUGGCAGCCCCGAAACUCUCAGCGAUGUCUCUUCGUCAGCGAAAGCAGAUGAUGAAGAUUUGAGUCAUCUCUUACUCUCAGAUCAGAUGCAAAAAUUGUCGAUACACACCAUGCGCCGUUUUUUUGGCCCCUCUAGUGGCUUUGCGUUCAUUCAAAGCGUGCAUGGGGUAAGAAAGGAGGUAACUGGGGAGGACGCUUUUCAGUCUGUUAAACGAAGUGAGUUUUGGCAAGUCGCUCCUUGGGAGCUAGCAACUGCUGAACGAGAACGGCCCUCUUACAUCUUCCCAGAUGAUUCGCUUAUGGCGUCAUUGACCUCACUUUACUUUGAGAAAGUCAAUGUGUUUUUCCCGAUAUUGCACGCUCCUACGUUCAAGAGAAAUAUCAAUGAAGGAUUGCAUCUUGAGAACCCUCAUUUCGGCGCUGUUGUUCUCGUCGUAUGUGCAAUAGCUUCCAGGUGUUCAAAUGACAAACGGGUGUUAUCUUCCCCUGAUCAACCAUUGUCGGCGGGCUGGAAGUGGUUCGAACAGGUUCAACUCAUACGAAGGUCUUUGUUCGACCCACCUUCCUCGCAUGAACUUCAGUUCUACGCUUUGGCAUUUUUAUACGUCGUAGGGACCUCCAGUCCAGGAGGCGCUUGGUACAUGAUAGGUUUAGGCAUUAGAUGCGCGGUGGACAUGGGCGCACAUCGUCGAAAGCCAGAAGGCUAUAAACCUACUGUUGAAGAUGAACAACGAAAACGAGCGUUUUGGGUAUUGUUCGUUUUCGACAGACUGAUUAGUGGCACCUUCGUUGGAAGGCCUUUCGCGAUACAUCAAGAUGACUUCGAUGCGGAGCUGCCAAUUGAGUGCGACGACGAAUAUUGGGAGACCGCAGACCCUGAGUUGGCAUUCAAACAACCUUCAGACAAGGCCUCGUACAUCUCGUCUUUCGUUGCUCUUGUGAGAUUAACGGAGAUACUUUCAUUCUCUGUGAAGUCAUUGUUUUCGUUCACGAAGUUACAACCGCGGGAUCAAGUGGCGGAGCAGCAGGCGGUCACGGAGGUAGAUAGCGCUCUGAAUGACUGGAAGAGCAGACUGUCCCAACAUCUCCAUUGGGAUUCGAACCGUGAACGCGGUGUCUUCUUUGAACAAUCGGGCCUUCUGCAUAUCUACUAUCACAUUGUGCAAAUCCAGACUCAUCGGCGGUUUGUGCAACAAUCUUCGCCCUUCUCCCUCUCCAGUCUAGCCAUAUGCACAAUUGCCGCGAAGUCAUGCACUCAUAUCAUCGAUACUCUGGCAAGCGUGGAUACUCCAGCAAUAUCAUUUGUAAUACUCUCGGGGUUUACUGCUGGGUGUCUACUCCUUUCCAACAUCUGGGCAAGUAAACGUGCGGGGAUCAAAAUUGACGUGAAAAAGGCUAUGAUAGAUGUGGAGAAGUUGAAGAGGGCUUUCCAGACCUACGAAACCAGAGUCUUUACUGCGGGAAGGCUUACCGAUUUCUUAACCGGCUUAUCGAGAGGGCUCGAAGACAACGGUACCUCGACACAGAGCCCUGUUCCUGUCGAUACAAGUGCAAGCGGACGUCAGCGACGUGGAAAUGGCUGUCAUGUCGAACCUACUCAGAUACCUCCCAACCUGGAUGGUGAUUUGGGGUAUCAAACAGCAACGAAUAACUUGGCUUAUGAUCAGACGCAGAAUAUGGACCCGAUGCACCAAAUUUUUGGUGACGGGACUGACACUAUGCCGAAUUUUCCUCAGCCCGCAUUCCCUCCUGAAAUGUCCUACGGUCAAAAUUCUCAGACGGAAUAUCGAGGAGAUGGUACGACUCAGGAUUUCGACAUGGAUGUAUGGUCCAUGCCGCAAUGGUUUCCGUUCGAGGGCUGGAAUGAUUAUGCUGCUAAUAUGGCGUCUUUAGAUUUGGAUACGUUCAUGCAAAGCAAUCCUGAUCUUUAUAUGUGA